AUGAAGAUUCAGGUUGACCAGAUAUACGGAAUUUAUUCAUGGAAAUGGGACGUUCCUGAAGAUGAGCUUUGUGGUAUUUGCCGUGUACCAUUUGAUGGUGCUUGUCCUGCCUGCAAAUAUCCCGGGGAUCAAUGCCCUAUAGUUGUUGGGAUGUGUCACCAUGCGUUUCAUCUUCACUGCAUUUGGAAAUGGCUUGAAACAGAUACCUCAAGAGGGUUGUGUCCAAUGUGUAGACAACCAUUUCAUACGGACAAAAGUCUUCCGGUCAAUCAGGGAGUCGAUGCAUCAAUAGUGGGAUGUGGCCCGAAUCCAAGCCCCGGAAUGGAUACGACAGAUGAACAGGAAAUGAGCAAUCAACAAACUGUGGAGACAUCGUCAUCAUUAUCAUCUUCUUCAACGUUAGGGUAG